GCGGUUCUGGCCACAAAGUAGCGGACGGAGGCAAGCCGGCCCAAAUUAAGGUGUGCUGCUGAUGCUGCUUCUGGUAGUACGAGCACGAAGAUGAUCUCGCCGAGGCAACUCUGCCGCUGCUUCCUGUUGCUGUUGAUCUUUGCCGUGGCCCCGCGCACCUCCGAUUCCAAGUUGGUGACCAGCCUCCCUGGUUUCCACGGCCGCCUCCCCUUCAACCUCCACACUGGGUACGUGGAGGUGAACGAGGGCACGGAGCUCUUCUACUACUUCGUCGAGUCGGAUACCCGCGCCGAGGAGGCCCCUUUCCUUCUAUGGCUCACCGGCGGCGACCGCUGCUCCGUCUUCAGUGGCCUCGCCAAUGAGAUCGGUCCCGUCAGAUUCGUGGAGGAGCCCUACAAUGGCAGCUUGCCACGCCUACAAAUCAAUCCGAGCUCAUGGACGCAGGUAGCACACAUCCUGUUUGUUGAUUCACCGGUUGGGGCUGGAUUCUCCUUUUCAACGAAACCAGAAGGGUACCAGGUUGGGGAUGUAUCCUCCUCGCUGCAGAUCCAUGACUUCCUUAUCAAGUGGUUCAGCGACCAUCCCAAAUACCACCAGAAUUCUUUCUAUAUCGGGGGAGACUCCUAUGCCGGAAAACUCAUACCAUUUAUCGCCCACAUCAUUUCACAAGAUAGCUCCUCUUCAGGUAUUCAAGCAGGAAACACUCCCACCCUUAAUCUAAAGGGCUAUCUAGUUGGUAACCCAUCAACUGGUGAGAUCAUUGAUACAAGUUCUAGAGUGCCAUAUGCUCACGGAGUUGGUAUAAUAUCAGAUCAAUUAUAUGAGACUAUAUUGGAGAAUUGCAAAGGUCUGGACUACAUGCUUCCUUCGAACGCACCGUGCGCCCAAGCUCUGGAUACAUUUAACCAUCUGAUGUCCCAAGUUCAGGGGGCCCACAUUUUGUUGGACACCUGUGUUUAUGCAUCCGCUCCCACCGGACCAGCAGCUGAUACCAAGGCCGAGUACUCUAGUGAUUCUGGUAGGAGGAUCCUUGUUGGAAAUCCGCCGGCUCGUCCUCCAUUUGGAUGUAUUACAUAUAAGAACUACCUGUCAUACUUCUGGGCAAACGCGGAGGAGACCCGAGAUGCUCUUGGGAUCAAGGAGGGCAGCGUGGAGGAGUGGGUCAGGUGCCACAACGGCGAUCUGCCUUAUUCCAUCGACAUCAGGAGUAGCAUCGAGUAUCACCGGAACCUGACAGCCAACGGUGGCUACCGGGCGCUCGUAUACAGCGGUGACCACGAUUCGUUGGUGCCUCACCUAGGGACGCAGGCGUGGAUAAGGUCACUGGGCUUCCCCGUGGUCCGCGACUGGAGGGCAUGGCAUCUAAAUGGCCAGUCUGCAGGGUUCACUUUAACGUACUCCAACAACAUGACAUUUGCCACCAUCAAGGGUGGUGGGCAUACGGCGCCAGAGUACGAACCUGAGAGGUGCUUCGCCAUGUUCAGCCGUUGGAUACUUGAGGAACCACUCUAGCUACUUGAGAACAACAACAAAGUAGACAAGGGGACCGCAUGAAAACCUGAAUGCAGGCUAGAAUUUUCCAUAUUAAUUGCGGUAAAGAAAGAGAAUUAUAUACUCUGUUUAUUUCAGCAGGUUUAGAUUAUACUCUACCAUAUCACAAAUAAUGCACGUUGUUUUGGACU